UGGGGCCCCAGUCAGUAAAUAAAUCGAGGCUUGCGUGGGUUGGUUGUUCCAAGCGGCGUCGUAUCGUAGUUCUUCACCCUUUUCCAAAAUCCAGCCGAUCCUCAUCUCAACACCGACCGCGCAUUGCAAUCCUAUCUUUUCCGUAUAAAUCCCCCUUUCUUUCUCUCCAUCAUCAUAAUCCAGAAUUCUCUACCAGUUUUCCUUUGGCUCCAUCGCUAAUAAUCUCAAAUUUUCUCUUCAUUGUGAAUGGUGGAAAUCCCCUCUUUGUCGUUAAUGGUCGUCCCUUCUUCAUCCAGAAGGGGGAUUUCUCUUUCUUUCUGCUUCGGAUCCUGCAAGGAGGGCUGGUAUUACCGCUGCCUCGGCGUCGACCCGUGAAUUCCUUGCUUUUGGUCCCCCCUCGCGAAAACAAUAACGAUUCGUUUUUGUGAAGGAUUUUCGUCUCUUCUCUUUUUCUCGGAUUCUCAUUCCUCCUUUUUUUCCCAUUGAAAUUGAAAAUAAAUAAAUAAAUAAAAUGUUGCUUCAGAAGCAGAAGAAGAACCAGGUGGCGAAGGGCAAUCGGUUUCUGAUCAGCGUGACGGUGCUGGGGAGCGCUGGGCCGAUCCGGUUCGUGGUUAGCGAGGAUGAGCUCGUUGGCACCGUGAUCGACACUGCUUUGAAAUCGUAUGCGCGUGAGGGCAGGCUCCCUGUGCUCGGAUCCAAUCUCGAUCAUUUCAUCCUCUACUGCCCAAUCUCCGGAACUGAAGCUUUGGUUCCGUGGGCGGCGAUUGGAUCAGCCGGCGUGAGAAACUUCGUGCUGUGCAAGAAGCCGCAGACGGAUGAUAUGAAGAGCGCGCCGCGGCGGAAGGCCGGCGGAGGUGGGAUUUGGAAGUCCUGGUUCACCAAAUGUCGAAGCCACAAGAUAUCUUCUCACUAGAAUGAGGAUUUGGAGUUUUUUUUUAAUUUAUUUGUUUUUUCAAAUCAAACAUGUCAAUAAUGUAAACACCUUGGAGGUCAUGAAUAAAGUUGUUUUCUUCGUUA